AUGCCCAUCAAGGCAGACGAAAAGCUUGCAGUAACACUACGCUUCUUAGCAACUGGAGAGAGUUUCGAAAGUCUGCAGUACCAGUUCCGCAUCCACAAGCCUACAAUCUGCAAAUUUGUACCUUGUGUUUGCGAGGCUAUAUACAAGACACUAAAAGGGGAAUAUUUCAAUUUCCCCGCAUCACAGGAGGAGUGGCUUGACUUAGCAAAAGGUGCUGAAGAAAGGUGGCAGUUUCCGAACUCUUUUGCUGCUGCAGAUGGAAAACACAUUUCCAUCUAUCACCCACACUGUUCGGGGGCAACAUUUUGUAACUAUAAAGGGUUUUAUAGCAUCGUACUGCUUGCCUUCGUAGAUUAUAAUUACCGAUUCAUUUUUGCUGAUGUUGGGUGCCAAGGAAGGAUUAGCGAUGGUGGUGUGUAUAGGAAUUCAUCUCUGUUUUCCUUGAUUUCACAAAACGCUUUAAAUCUACCGCCCUCUAGGCCACUUCCAAAAUCCAAGGAUUCGUCUUGGACCCCAUUUGAAAGUAAUGAAGAAGUGCCUUUUGUGUUUGUCGCUGACAAUGCAUUCCCUUUGAGUAAUAUCUGCAUGAAGCCUUACCCGGAAAAUGGUUUAACAGAUAGGAAGAGGGUAUUCAACUACCGGCUUUCAAGAUUCCGUCUUGUUACAGAGAAUGCAUUUGGAAUACUAACAAGCGUUUUUCGAAUAUUCUCCACGAAAAUAAAUAUGCACCCGGAUAGAGCUACUUCCGUCAUAUUAGCAUCACUGGUCCUUCACAAUAUGCUGAGAACAAAAUCAUCUGAUUCAUACAAACCAAAGGGAUUUGCUGAUGAAAUUCAAGGCGAUAUGGUAGUCGAUGGGCAAUGGAGAGCUGAGAAUUCGGAUAGAAACAUGCAACCACUUCCGCCAAGAAGACAUGGAAACAAUAAUGCAAAGGCAGCUGCAGAAUUGCGUGAUAUUUUUGCUGAUCAUUUUUAUGGACCUGGGCAAGUGCCUUGGCAAUGGAAUCACAUCAUGGCAAAAAAGUAA